UUCAGGGUCGCUUCUCACUGUACACUUUUUCAGCACUGCUGCUGGCACGUAUUGUAAAAAUAGCAUCGGGGAAUGGAGUAAAGGAAGUCAUGGAUUCCACCGAAGACAAAAACCCUAAAACAGUCGAUAUCUACCGUGACACAUGGGUUCGCUUUUUGGGCUAUGCCAAUGAGGUUGGGGAGGCUUUCCGUGCUCUCGUCCCUGUGAGCCUGGUAUGGGGCAGUUAUGUUGUUGCCACAAGUUAUGUUACUGCUGAUGCAGUGGACAAAGGGAAGAAAGCGGCCAAGGAUCAUGGGGAUAAACCAGGGAAGACAACCCGCGUAGCAGUGGCUGUUGUUGACACGUUCGUGUGGCAAGCCCUGGCUUCAGUCAUCAUCCCUGGCUUUACCAUAAACCGUGUAUGUGCAACAUCAUUGUAUUUACUUGGCAAGACCACCAAUCUACCCCUGCCUGUCCGCAAAUGGACCACAACCGUCAUAGGACUGUCCACCAUCCCCUUUAUUAUCACUCCAAUAGACAGAUCAGUGGAUUUCCUGCUAGAUUCAAGCCUUAGAAAGGUCUAUGGUGAAGGAGAGAAGCAUGAAUAAGAUUGCACAGUGUGUACUGGGCUGUUGGAACACCAUAGUAAAACUUGAGUUAUACUGUACAUUAGGGGGCUUUAUUCUGCUUUAGCUCUCAGGGUAUUUGGUUUUUUAUUUUGUUGUUUUAGCCAUAUAAAGUUAUUGUUAUUGGUCUUGUCUUUAGACUCACAUUUAUAUUAUAUGUUUUGAUUUCAGUGUCUUUUACCUGAAGUUCAUGUAAAGUCAAGGGAAACGAAAAACCAUUUUGUUACAAUGUGUUAAGAUCUACAAUAGAUCAUAAACAUAAGGAAUGUUUUGAGCUUCUCACCGCAAGGGAAAACUGCAACUCACAGGUUCUCUAGUUUUACAGUUCACUUUGUUGCCAUUCAGUAUCUUGCAAUUCACAAGUUUACAAUACCUGGCUUAUUCUUUCUGGAAGUAUAACGUUUAACUUUCAUAGAUUACAACUGAUACCUCUUUCUUGUCUCAACAUUUCUGUCUAUUAUUGUCUCUGUGUAAACCAACAGCCUUCAAUAGUAUGACUAUUGAGCUAUGCUGAGGCCUUUUGGCAAACAUGCAGAUUUAUUUUUAUGAAAAAAUAAAAAUGCUUAUAUAACCAUACUGAUACAAACAGGCAGGAAAUAUUAAAAUGUAUUAGGGAUAUAGUAAAUGAUAAAGUUUGCCAUUGUGAAUGCAAUGAAUGCAAUACAGUUAAACUGAAAGGGCACAAUAUUGGGUACAGUAAAGUGUUCAUUGAGGAAAUGCUUGGGAAAUAAUAGUUUUUUUCUAUAAAUGAACACAUCUUGAUACAGAUUUUAGUUUUAAAGGCAAGCAAGAAAUAUAAUAGUAGUAUAAUAUAAUAGUCAGAAUUUUAUAUAAAUGUAUUGUAUAGGGCAAAUUUUUAUGGAUAUGUCUCUGAUUGAACAUCGAGACUAUGUAAAGCCAUAAAACUGAUUUAUGUGAACUACUGGAUUUCCUGUAAUUAUUAUGAUGCAUGUUUACAAAUGUUAUACCUGUGAAUGCUGGGGAAUGGUUAUAGUCACUGUUUGUGUGUUACAAAUGUUGGUUAGUCAUAAAUAUUGAAAAAGUAUAAAAUAUAUUUUAUUUUAGUUGGUUUACAAAUAAAUAUAUAAAACACUA